UUCCUCAAUUUGCAGGGCACAAGAGCUUGGAUCAGCGACAAGGAAAGUCAGAGAGAGUGAGAGAGAUUUCCUUGUGGGACAGAAGAUUGAAGUGUUGGUGAGUGAGAUCUUUCACCGGCACCGGACCAACAGAAGAGGAAAUCAGCUGAAAAGACUAUCGGGCACAGACAAGACCUUUUGGGGGUGAGCAUGAUGUCGUUUGAGCAGCAGGGUCAGUCCGCCCCUCUCUGCGUGUCACAGGGGCCUAGUUUGGGGCAGGAGUCACCAGAACUCAGCCUGUACAGCGACAGCUACUACACCCCACCAUCCCUGCCCAGCCCCCAGCAGGUGGCCCCCUCUACGUACGACAUGGGGGACUACGCUGUCCCCCCUGCAAACCCUUACGUGGGGUGGGGGGUCAAUGAUUACGGGGUCGCCAGUGCUCCUUAUCUCGGUGCGAGUCCUGCGCUCCCCGGCGCCCCCUUCAUCCCCCAGUACUACGGCGUGCAGGGGGCCUACCCGUUUUUCGGGGGGAUGGGGGCGGGGAGCGGUGAGAUGGGCUGGUACUCCAUGGCUUCCCAGGAGGAGCUGAUGAAGCUGGUCAGGCCGCCCUACUCCUACUCCGCCCUCAUCGCCAUGGCGAUCCAGAGGGCCCCCGAACAGCGAAUCACGCUGAGCCAGAUCUACCAGUACGUGGCCGACAACUUCCCCUUCUACAACAAGAGCAAGGCGGGCUGGCAGAACUCCAUCCGCCACAACCUGUCCCUCAACGACUGUUUCAAGAAGGUUCCGCGUGAUGAGGAUGACCCAGGCAAGGGUAACUACUGGACCUUGGACCCAAACUGUGAAAAGAUGUUCGACAACGGAAACUUCCGCCGCAAGAGGAAGAGGAAGUCUGACUCCCAGGCCGUCAGCAGCGGGGAGGGAGGCUCUACCAGCGCGGAGUCUGGAGAGGGGAGCAGGGGAAGCAGCCCCAAAAUCCGCAGUUCCUCCAGCACCCCGGAGAGAGGCCCGUCCCCCAUCGCCAUGGGAACGUCCCACUGCCUCAACAACUUCCUGUCGGAGGUGUCCGCCCUGGUGACGGGGGCGCCUGGUUUGGACAUGAACGCCCUCGGUCAGCAGCUGCCCCUGAACCUGCCGCUGGAGGGGCACCCGGGGGGCGCUCAAAUCGGGGGGUUCGGCUCGUACGUCCCCGACGCCACUGUGCCGCAGUGGGAGACUCUGCCUCCGCUGUCCUCUCUGCAGCCCCCAGCGCUGCCCUCCUCCACAGGGGCCUACAAAGGCUCCCUGCUCAGCCAGUUCAGCCAUCUUUUCCCCGGCCUGGACUCCGCCCCGGCGCUCUACCCUCUGAACGGCACGGAGGUGUAGAAACCGGUCCGAUGAUGAACUCUCACCCUCCCCGAAAAAAAAACACGGAACGGCCCUGUCUGCAGCUGGGACUCUGGGGAAGGGGAGAUCGCCGACGGUGCGGAGUGAGAUUCGGUUCCCACGGAAACGGCUGACUCGGCAGAGGGGUGGCUCCCACGUUCUCGAUUUCAGCCCUGCUGCUGACACCAUCGCCAAACCCCGACCAGAAUCCCAACCGUCUCCUCCUCCCGUCCCCUCCUGCUGUAAACAAACCUCUGUAGUCUGGGCUCUGUAACUGGUCAUAGAAACCACAAACAGAAGGUGUCUACGGCCUCCUUCUGGCACUUGCAGAAUUGCUGGUCAUUUCUCAGUGGCCUGGUCGUAACACUACAGAGCUGAUAUAUUGCAACAGACUGAACGUGCUGAAUUCAGCGUGACGACAAAAUGUUUGUACAUAGCUUGCUCAAGAAUUAUAAUUUUACAACCGUAUUGGUUUUAGUAUUUAUAUGUAUUUUUUAUCUGUUUGAAAUGCUUUUUUUCUGGAAAUAAGGCCAAAAUGGCACUAAUAUUUGAAAAAUAAACAUGAAAAAGAAAA